AUGCCGUUUCUACCGUCAAGCUUGAUUCUCUUCCCUUACCUGAACUGCAAACAUAUCGCAAUUUCCUCCCUUUCACUCCGAAAAAUAUCCGCAUUUCACCUUUCUUCUGGCGUAUCUCUCUCCGAUGAUUCCCCAAAGCUUAUUUCUCACCCUUUUCCCCUCGCUACCUCCCCUCCCAACGACCGUCCUCCCGCUGAUUCCCAGAGCUGGGAGAAGGCAUACGGACUCGAACCCUACUCCGUCUCCCCUCCGGAAAAGUUUGAGCUGCCCGCGAAUCUUCCGCCAGCUCCGCACCUGGAGGACUGCUCCGCGCGCACAGCCUUCCGCCUGUCCGUGGAGCAGAGGGGACCUGAUGGGUCUGCGCCUAACUGGACCCGCCCGUCCAACUGCUGGAGCUGCAGCCCGCAACCCCCCUGGGUCCGUGGGGACGAUCUGGCCGAUCUCGCGCUGACACGUGUCGCGCAGAGGGACAUCUGGGAGAGCCAGUUCCCUUCCACGUGCAAGGGCAGGCGAAUCCUGCUGGCAGAAUGGGUGGACGGACCGAUUCAAGGUUCAGGCCAGACAGCAGCAGCAGGAGCAGGAGCAGAAGCAGGAGCAGGAGCAGCAGCAGGAGGAGCAGCAGGAGCAGCGGCAGAUUCUGGGGCAUUUGGCAUGGGGACGCAAAUCCAUGUCAUGUCUGCGUUUCUGAGCAUUGCUGUGCGGCACAACCGCACGCUGGUGGUGGCGCCAGGGACGUAUUCUAGAGCUAACAACUCGGCUUGCCAAGCCACAGGUCACACGGGCGCCUGGGAAUGCUACUUCUUCCCAAUCACCUCCCAGGAGUGUGUAGACGAGGCCGUAGCAGCUGUAGCAGCCAAUCAGGCAUCUUCAGCCAACGGACCUGACAUGGAGGCUCGGCUGGCCUCGCCAGACCUGGUCGUCAGGUUCGCUGAUGCAAGGCAUUUUGAGGACGUGGAUGGGGCCAAGCGGUGGGGCACUCCGUGGAGGGACCGACCGUCCACCGUGGAGGUGCAGGGGGUGCUGGAAGAGGCAGAUGAGAGGACCAUGCAGCAUCGGUGGUGGCAUGCCCAGUCAGCACGCUUCCUCCUCCGCUGGCCAUCCGCACACCUCUGCCACGUCAUCAACCGCAUCCGCCACAUCAGCUACGGCCUGCGAGUGGCCGUGCACAUAUCUGACAUCAGCACAGAAGAAUCUUCCAUCAUCCAAUCCCUCGAAAAGGGCACCAGCCAAUCAGGGAAGGGCAUUCCAGAUUUCAACAUGACCAAAGAAGCGGAAUUUCUUAAAGGCAUCAACUUUUCUCCGCCGAACCUGGAGACGGACGUCUGGCCCGGGGAAGGCUUUGCUGGGUGUUUGCUUCGGGACACGGACGGCGAAAAGCCUGCCACUAUAGACAAAACUUUUAAAGGCGUCGGUGGGGAGGUGUUUAUUUUUCGACCAAUCGUGAGCGUACACGUGGCGCAUGGAGACGCUGUGCUGGAGGGAGGGGGAUCCCAGGGGGGAGGUUUCCCGGAAGGGGGAUCUCGGGUGAAGCUGAGGUCGCUAGCGGUGUACAUGUAUUUUGCGUAUCAGCUGCAGCUGCAUGUUCCGACAAUCAACCACGCUUGGUUAAGCACAGAUGCACAGUCGACGCUAGAGGAGGCUAAGCAAUUGCGCGACUGGAGCUUCUUAUAUUCAGAGCACCCGUCACAGCAGGCAGCUGCGGUUGGUGGUGUGGCAGCUGAAAAUGGGGAUGGAAGCGUUGACCAUUCAGCAAAUGACAAAACGGUUGCAGUGAAAUUUGCUAAUCUGCUUAUUGCAGCUGAAAGCGACUAUUUUGUGGGCAUGCUUGGGAACGUGGGUGCUGCUGCGCUGAGGAGCAGGAAGCUCGCCGCAGCGAAGCUGCCGUCACAGAAAGGUUUCGUGAGCAUAGACUGCGGCUACAUGGGCUCCGCUGGAGCGAGCAACCUGGGCCUCAAGUGGUUACCAGACACGGCAGCGCCGGGCGGCAGUGUGGCAGUGAUCACCCGCGUGCCGGACCACCUGGUGGGGCUGGUCACGGUGGAGCAGACGCUCAGAGUGUUCGACGAUGGGAAGCCGUCCAACUGCUACCAGAUUCCUCUCGUUGCUCCAGGCCGCUACCUGGUUCGCCUCACCUUCUGGUACGGCAACUACGAUGGCAAGAACAUGCCGCCCAUUUUCAACGUCACGGUCGGCACUGCAUCGCUAGGCCAAUACACGCCAUCGAACGACCAGAUUCUUGUACUGGAGGUGAUAGUAACGGUGCCAGCGCGCACCAUGGCCAUCUGCCUCGUGCGCGUCUCUGCCGACCCCAUCAUCAACGCCCUCGAGAUCCGCCCGCUCCCCGCCGGUGCUUAUAACGAGAGUGACUAUAGCGAGCAGCUGCUGCUCAACUACUGGAGGCUGUCCUGUGCUGGCGACUCGUGGCUUGUCGGUUCCUAUCGGUAUCCGGACGACCCUUUGGACCGCGUCUGGUACGCAGACAUGCCUCUCUUUGGCGACCCUGCUCCUGGCACCUACACCUACAUCCCCGCAUCCGCCUCUGUGGCCGUCACCAGCAGCAGCAUCGCCAUUCCCCCCAGCAUGAGCAGCAAUGCCGUGCCUCAGUUUGUGGUGCAGAAGGCGAGGACUACCAAGGGUGCACAGGGGCUCACUUAUCGCUUCUAUGGGCUGGCCCCCGGGAAGUACCAGGCGUACCUCUAUUUCACUGACAUCAUUCCGCCUACGGCUCCUGUCACCACCACCAACACCCCAUCAGCUGACCUCCUGCUCGCCGUCCUCAUCAACGGCUCGCCUCUCCUCCGCAACGCCCCUGCCUUGCCCCCGGCCGCUAACCGCCAGUGGAACAAAAACACCGCCGGGCAGCUCAGCUUCGCUUUUGACGUCGUUGGGGCAGCUGCAGAGGCAGGUGGAAACGCGACGGCAUCAGCGCAGGGGGCCGGGCAAGGGAACGGGCAGGGGAACGGGCAGGAGCAGGGGGCGCAGGGAACGGUGGCGGAGACGAGUAUACAGCUGAAGGCGGAGGAAGGGAGCAGGGUGAAGGAGGUGGGGUUGGCUGGGCUCGAGCUGUAUACUGUGGUGGAACCAAAGGCUGCUGUGCCGAAAGAGCAAGUUAGUGCCCUGAAAUGCAUCAAAGCACAGAUGGGCGUGGCAGCAGCUUUGGACGGCUGGACUGGAGACCCUUGCUACCCCAUUGUGUGGCCGGGAGUCAUUUGCAAGACCACUCGCCAGCACUCUUCUGUCAUUGGCCUGAAUCUAACCCACCUCAACAUCCCCGGUCCAUUCUCAGCCUGCAUCUCCGACCUCACCGCACUCCAGACUCUCUGGAUGGAUCACAACCAGCUUCAAGGCUCCAUCCCCUCAUCUAUUGGGAACCUCGCGCACCUGCGAUCCAUCAAGCUCAACAACAACAAGCUAUCAGGGCCUGUCCCCACUGCUCUUGCUGCUCUGCCCAACCUGCAAUACUUGGACCUGAGCUCCAACAAUCUCUCCGGGCCUUUCCCAUUCAACAGCUCAAGCAAUGUGCAGAUCGGUAUCUCCGGCAACAUCAACCUCUGCUCCCCAGGCUCCUCCUUCGGCCUCCCUCCCUGCAACCUCACCACCACCACAGCCCCCUCCUCCUCAUCUGACACGUCAGCACAAGCUGCCACGUCACCAGCAGCCAUGAGCACAGCCGUCCUCAUGGCGCUCAUCCUAGGUGUCAUCAUCGGCGUGCUAUUGGUGCUCCUCGCCAGCUGGCUGCUGCUGAGGUGGCAGCAGCGGGCGGCAGAGGGAGGAGGCAUGGGGGGAAGGAGCAGUGCUGGUGGUGGUGGCGGUGGUGUGGGGGGUGAUGGGCUGGGGCAGCAGCCGCCUGUGGUGGUGUAUGUGCAUGGGGACACGGGGGCUGGAGACAGGGAGUUUGUGAAUGAGGUGGAUCUGCUCUCCCGAGCCUGCCAUCCGAACCUGGUGGAGCUGGUUGGGUACUGCAGAGAGGCUCGGCAGCACCUGUUGGUGUAUGAGUUCAUGCCCAACGGGACGGUGAGGGAGCAUCUGUACGACCAAAUGGGGCAACCGCUGGGGAGGCUGAGAUGGCUCACCAGGAUACAAAUCGCCCUUGGAGCAGCAAGAGCCAUCCAGUACCUACACACGUGCCUCCAGCCGCCCAUCAUUCAUCGUGACAUCAAGACGAGCAACAUCCUGCUGGACGGCCGGCUGAACGCGCGGGUGGCGGAUUUUGGACUGUCCCGCGUGGGCCCGCAGGACAACAGGAGCCACGUGUCUACGGUUGUUAAGGGCACUGCGGGAUACCUGGAUCCUGAGUACUUCACCAUUCAGCAGCUGACAGACCGCAGCGACGUGUUCAGCUUCGGGGUGGUGCUGCUGGAGCUGAUCUCAGGCCAGCAGCCCAUCGACCUCAACCGCCCGCAGCAGCACUGGAGCAUCAUUGACUGGGCGCGAGACCACCUGCAGCAGGGCAACAUUCGGGCAGUAGCAGACCCCACGCUAUUCCCCCAGGAAUGGGACGAGGAGGCCAUGUGGCGGGUGGCAGAGGGAGCGGAGCGGAACUUCCACCACCACCACGCGGGGAAUCUGACGCUCAACCAGUCAGAAUUACGCAGCUCUCGAGAACGGUUUGGCCUUCCUCGAAUUCCAGUCAUGGGACGGGAGAUGGAUGGAGUCGGGCAAGUACUAUCCGAGUUACCUGUAAGAGAGGGACCAAAUAAGCAUCCGAAGACAACGGGAAGUCUUUUGAGACCUGAGGUCACGAAGAUCCUCUGUGAUUUUUUAGAGGUUGCAGUAAACCAUCUGCUCUACUUACGCUCCAUAUAUCCUCCAGAGAUAUUCCAUCGCAGCCGCUUCGCAUCGGUGCCUGUGUACUCCAGCAGGCAUCCAGGCCUCCGGUGCUACAUCCGAGACGCCAUCAAUGACCUUUCCCCGUAUAUUGACAAGGGGGUUGUUGAACGAAUUGACCUUGCCAUUUUCUCAACAGAUGGAAGAAAAGUCUACGAAAGAAUAGUAUUUGACUUCUCCAUCUUCCAGCCAGCGCCUUCUGGCAGCGUAGCAGCCAAGCAGGACAGCUUGGAGUCCAUUGAGUAUUGCCUGCGCUCGUGUCUCGUCAAAGCGUCUGUUUCAGAGUGCCUUCAGCGACCCCUCCCUCAAGAGUGUGCAUGGGAGCUCGUUGCUCACUCCAAGAACCUCCCUUCAGGCAGAAGCUCAAGCGGCCAGGAUCGUCUCAUCCACGAGCACACGCGUCCCAUGGCUGACGCGAAAGAUAUCUUGGGAUUGCCGAAAAAAGGACUACCAGGCACGCCUGGCGGAGCGGGGUUGGGAGGAAGCGCUGGAGUUCCAGGGAAUGCGGGGAAGGGGAAGAAGCGGGAGCGGGAUGGCGGAGGGCGGGCAAUCCCCGAGGGGAUCAGCAGAGAGGUCUAUGCGCUCACGGGUGGUUUACCCCCAAUAAUGCCAACGUUCAACCCUAUGCUCCUGCUAAAGAAAAGAACCACGCCCUCAGAAAAGGUGACGUGGCAGUGGAAACCCAUUGUUUCAUCUGCCCGGCCAGACGACCUGAGAAUCUACCACUGGGUUAAAGUGGUGGACGGCAAGGUUCCCACAGAGGAUUAUUCGUUUGCCAAGUACAACAAGCCACCUCAAGUGCUCCGGUAUACCGACGAGGAAUACAAGAGCCUGCUUUACCACCCUCGGUGGACCCGGGAAGAAACAGACGCGCUCAUGGAUCUCUGCGCCCGAUUCGGCCCGCGCUUUAUCGUCGUUGCUGACCGUUACAACACGGACGCCGAGCGUCACAACGCAGGCAUCGAUCAUCAGCCUGCUGCUCCAAGUCGUGCCAGUGCAUCGACAGGGGCGUCUGCUGCUGCUCGUGCUGCUGCUGCUGCUGGUGCUGCUGCUGCUGGUGGUGCUGGUGCUGCUGGGAAUGGUGGUGCCGAUGCUGCGUCUACUGAUGCUGCAGCUGCUUCUUCGGAUGCGGAUGCUCGCAUUUGUAAGGAGGAGCCGUUCUCAGGGACUGGGCCUGUGAAAAACGAGCCUAGGGAAACCGCUGCUGGUGCAGGAGAGGCAGGAGCAGGGGCAGCAUGUGGGACGGCAGGAGGGUCGGCAGGAGGGGCUAGAGGGGUGGCAGGUGGGGCGGCAGUGGUUGGAGCUUCUGUACCAAAGGCUGGGGAACCAAGGCCAAGUGCGGUGAAGAGGAAAGAAAGGACGGUGGAGGAGAUUAAAGAGCGGUACUACGAUGUGACCAAGAAGCUUCUUGCAUCACGAGCAGCAGCAGGCGAAGAAGUGCCAAUGGGUUUAUUGCCUAAGGACGGGUACAACAUGCAUGCUGAGGUGGAGCAUAGCGUACGACCCUGCUGCCGCCCCCCAUUCUUUCCCUUCUCCUAA